CGGGACGCCGCCGCGGUCGCCCGAGAGAAAGCGGAGUCUGGGGGGAACCUCGCCGGCGGGAAGUCCGCGGAGGAGCUCUCGGGCCACGAGUCCAGCAUGGCAGACGAGGGCAUUGUGACGGAGCCGGAAACGGGCCCCGCCAGCGCUGCCUACCAGGACCUCGAUCGCAUGGUGGCGGCUUGGAAAUUGCCUGGCAUUGGCCAAGCGGAAAGCAGACCCCUCCGAGCCGGCGGCAAAGAGGGACCUCUCCCAGUGCACGCCGCCAGAGUGAAUCACGAGGGCCCCGCUGUUGACGAUGCCCUUGAUGGCAAAGCCAUGGCGCAAGCGUCCUCGGAGGCCCCUUCCACCCCGAGCACCCUGCGGCGCCGAAGGAAGUUUCCCUCGGUGGGUAACAGCGGGUCCGAAUCCAGCAACGGGAGCAACGGGGAGUCCGGCGGCGAGACCUACAGGUCCUUGAGUGACCCCAUGCCGCACCGCAGGUGCUCAAUCACAGAGGAGGCCAAGAGCUUCUCCGUGGACAGCAAUCUCCUGGGGUCCCUCAGCGCCAAGGCCGGCAUGCCAGAGGCCUCGGCCAUCGCUCGGUCGGAGUGCACCGGGAGUGCCGCCAGCGACCUGUCCGUGUGCAGCGACGGCGUCAAAGACUACAACCGGGUCAUCCAAAACAUUGUGAGCCAGCCCGGCGCCAUGGACAAGGUGAUCGACGAGAAGGGGAACGGCAAGACCAUCAAGAAGAAGUCUUUCAGCGACCCCAGCCGCCGUGGGGACCUGGCCAGCGCUGGCUUCGAGGGCCCCGGCGAGCCCAUCAGCGAGCUGGACCAGACCAUCCCGCCUUCCAGCAGCGAGCCCAUCCUCUCCGAGCAGCGGGACGAGGCAAGGGAGCUGGAGGAGCUGGCCCCGGAGGCCGGGAGGCUGCGCUCUCAGUCUGAACACGUCCUACCAGCGCAGCUGGGAGCUGGCGCUGCGGGGGAGGCCGGCCAGGGCUACAGUUUUGACCCCAAGCUCGCGGAAGUCCUGUCCCCCCGGGUCCUCCGGCGCAGCUCCAAAAAGCGCAACAACCGGGUGACCCACCAAGAGAACAACCAGACGCCGUCCUCGGGCCCCGGUCCUGCCGCCAUCGGCAGGUCCCGGCUGGCCUCCAAGCACGUCCGGCACCCGAGCGAGCCUUCCACCUUCAUCCCCAUUUCAGUCCCGGACCCGCCUGCAACGCUCGGCCACAAUGUGCACAUCACCACACCAGAGCCAUCCCGGCUCCCCGUCAAGGCCUACCCCGUGCUCCAAGCGCCAUCCUUGGAGGAUGUUACCAAGCAGUACAUGCUGAACCUCAACUCUGGGGACUCGACUUCUGCUAGCCCUGUGGAUAUGCCCAGAUCGUCGCCAGCGACGCCGACGACUUUGGAGCCCAAGCUGCUGCGAUGUCCGAAGCAGCAGGAGGACCACGGCUCCGGUGGUGCCAGGACCAAGCCCCAAGUGGAUAUGAGGAAACAUGUCACCAUGACCCUCCUGGACACGGAGCAGUCCUACGUGGAAUCCCUCCGCACCCUGAUGCAGGGUUACAUGAAGCCUUUGAAGCAGCCAGAAAACUCCAUCCUCUGCGACCCCUCCCUAGUGGACGAGAUUUUCGACCAGAUCCCUGAGCUGCUGGAGCACCACGAGCAGUUCCUGGAGCAGAUCAGCGAGUGCGUGCAGAACUGGCACGAGAAGCAGAAAGUGGGAGACCUGCUGGUACAAUCUUUUUCCAAGGACAUCCUGGUGACCAUUUACUCGGCCUACAUAGACAACUUCCUCAAUGCCAAGGACGCUGUGAGGAUAGCCAAGGAAGCCAGGCCAGCCUUCAUGAAGUUUCUGGAUCAAAGCAUGAGAGAGAACAAGGAGAAGCAAGCAUUGUCCGACCUCAUGAUCAAGCCUGUGCAGCGGAUCCCGCGCUAUGAGCUGCUGGUGAAGGACCUCCUGAAGCACACGCCCGAGGACCACCCCGACUACCCCUUCCUAAUAGACGCCCAAAGGAACAUCAAGCAAGUGGCCGAGAGGAUCAACAAAGGCAUGAAGAGCGCCGAGGAAGUGGAGAGGAAUGCCAGAAUAGUACAAGAGAUCGAGUCCCACAUUGAAGGGAUGGAGGACCUUCAGGCCCCUCUGCGGAAGUUCCUGCGCCAGGAGAUGGUGAUAGAAGUGAAGGCAGUGGGCGGGAAGAAGGACCGCUCGCUCUUCCUCUUCACGGACCUGCUGGUUUGCACCACGCUGAAGCGCAAGUCGGGGUCCCUGCGGCGCAGCUCCAUGAGCCUCUACACGGCCGCCAGUGUCAUAGACACCGCCAGCAAGUACAAGCUGCUCUGGAAGCUGCCCCUGGAGGACGUGGACAUCGUGAAAGGGGCCUCCCAGUCCACCAACCGCGAGAGCAUCCAGAAAACCAUCUGCCGCCUGGACGAGGACCUGAGCACGCUGGGCCAAGUCAGCAAGCUCUCUGAGACUCUCAGCUUCCCCCACCAGAGCCUGGACGACGUGAUCAAGGACCUGAUGGCUGCCAUCCACCGGGAGCUGGCCGAGAAGCAGUCCCUGUCCUUCAGCAUGUCCUUCCCACCCAACAAAGUGGAGCUCACCACCACCAAGGCUGACGGCACCGAGUCCUUUGUCUUCGAGUUCCCCAACCCAGAUGCUCGGCACAGCUUCGAACAGGCUUUUGAGGAUGCCAAGAAGAAGCUGGCUUCCAACAAAAACUGCCUGGACCCUGAGUUCCUGAAGGCAAUUCCCAUCAUGAAGACACGCAGCGGGAUGCAGUUCUCCUGCGCCUCCCCCAGCCACAGCGGCCCCGAGAGCGCCUUUGAGGUGUGGGUGUGCAACAGCGAUGGCUACGUGGGGCAGGUCUGCCUCCUCAGCAUCAAGAAGGAGCCCACAGUCGAGGCCUGCAUCGCCGUCUGCUCAGCCAGGAUCCUCUGCAUUGCCUCCGUGCCAGGCCUCAAGAGGAUAUACAGGGAUCGUCCUGAGUCACUGGCAAGCCCUUCCACCGAGCCGGCUCCUUCGGCACUGGAUGAUGCGGGGCCCCAGCAGUGCCUGCACAUCUCCAUCUCCGGCUCCUCCCUGGAGCUCUCAGAGCCUGUGGACAGCGCCAACCGGGAGCUGAUGCCGUUCGACAGCGACGACACAGAUGAUGAGUCCUCGCCCAGCCCCUCGGGCCCCCUCCAGAGUCAGGCCAGCCACUCCACCAUCUCCUCCAGCUUCGGAAACGAAGAGAUGCCAAGCUCCAAAGACGUGACAGCCGAGACGACCAGCUCCGAAGAGGAGCAAGACCCUGGCUUCCUCCCCAUCUCCAGUGCUUUCAGUCAGACCAGGAACAGCGAGAGCCCCAUGGAUGGCCGGGCCAUGCGCCGGUCGAGCCGAGGGUCUUUCACCAGGGGCAGCCUGGAGGACCUGCUGAGCACUGACCCCGAGGCCUAUCAGAGCUCCAUGUGGCUGGGCACCGAGGAUGGCUGCAUCCACGUGUACCAGUCCUCAGACAACAUCCGCAACAGGAAGAACAGCAUGAAGAUGCAGCACUCGGCCUCCGUCAUGUGUAUCCUGUACCUCGAUAACCAGGUCUUUGUGUCGCUGGCAAACGGAGAGCUUAUUGUCUACCAGAGAGAAGCAGGGCGUUUCUGGGACCCCCAGAACUCCAAGUCCCUGUCCCUGGGCUCGCCCGGGAGCCCUGUCACUAAGAUGGUGUCGGUAGCUGGGAAGCUGUGGUGCGGCUGUCAGAACAGAGUCAUCAUCCUCAACACAGGCACACUUCUCCAGGAGCACGCGUUCCACAUCGGGCAGGACAGCAACCGCAGCGUCACUUGCAUGGUGAGCUCCAGCCCUGGGAUCUGGAUCGCACUCCAGAGCAGCGCCCAGGUGCGGCUUUACCACGCCACCAGCUACGAGCAACUGGCCGAAGUGGACAUCACCCCGCCUGUCCACAAGAUGCUGGCAGGCUCAGAUGCCAUCAUCCGGCAGCACAAGGCUGCCUGCUUGCGGAUCACAGCGCUCCUGGCCUGCAAGGACUUGCUGUGGAUUGGCACGAGCGCCGGGGUGGUGCUGACACUGUCCAUCACGGCCAACACCUCCAUCUGGAAGACGCCGCCGACACUGGUGGGCUUGUCCCAGGGCCACACCGGCCACGUCCGCUUCCUCACCUCCAUCGAGCUGCCGGACGGCUUUGACAUCCUCUUCCCUUUGCCAAGGGAUCCAGGUACUGAGAAGCCAAGCGAGGUGGAAAAGAGGGACUCGACAAGGCACCGGGCCUCUAACAUGGCCCUGUCGAAAUCCAAGAUGCUCGUGAUCAGCGGCGGGGACGGCUACGAGGACUUCCGGCUCACCAACAGCAGCGAGACCGUGGGGCGAGACGACAGCACGAACCACCUGCUCCUGUGGAGGGUCUGAUCAGCCCCUGCUGUGGAGGGGGGAGCGCCGGCUCCAGCCCUGCCGAUCACGGACACUGUCGUGGCCUCCCGGUCCCAUCGGCCCCUCGACCCCUCUCCCCACACAUGUUUCGUCACCUGCCUUGGAGGCUCUGGCCCGCAUGUGGGCCACGUGCCGCCCGGCGGAGAGGGCCGGCGGCAGCAGGGAGAGAGGAGCCCCAUCGUGAGGUACCGUGUACAGACCACAUUGCACAGCCUGCGCUUAACCCCGCCCGCGUGUAUGUGUAUCCGUGCCCGCGGGGAGAGCUGCACGGAGAGCCCGGGCUUCUGUGGCAUUGCCCCAAAGGGGCCGUGAGGAGGAGGCGGCGGCAGCCGUCUUAGGGAGAGAGCGGGGAAGGGAACCCGUCUUCGGUGCCAUAAACGAAGAGCACGGUGAGCGCCCGGCCACUGGCUAAGGACAAAUGCAGGCCUCAGACCCAGGCACACCCCAUGGAGGGCAACAGGCCACCCCUUUAUCCAUGCAUCUGGCCAAGAGCCCCUCUUGCACCUCUGCCAAGCUCACUGCACAGCUGCAUCCGCCUGAACCACUGCCCUGCCAGCCGCUCCAGCUGACCCUGCUCACUCGCCGCCAGCACCCAGAGAGCCCCGUCUCUGAAAUAUACAUAUAUACAUACAUAUAUAGAGAUAUAUUAAAAUAUCCUUAUUUAUUUUCAAUGGGGGGCAGAGCUGUUUUGCCCAGAGCUGGCGUGAGGCAGUCAGAUCCGACCCGCAUGUGAAGCCAAGGGAGCGGGGAAGAGGCUGCCAACAGCCCAGCCUGGCAUCAGUGCCCCAGCUCUGGAGGAGCCUAGCUACAAAGGGAAAGCCAUGGCAGCUGGGUCCCAUUCGCCCACCAUGAGGUGGCAUUGUGUGAGGGGUGCCAGGCCCCGUGUAGCAAUGGGAGCAGUGUCCAGGGGAAAUGAACCAUGUGCAAUACUUAGCUGAGACCCUGACGGUGCCGCCUGGGGGAUAUCCCAGCUCCCCUCUCGGUGGGUGUGAGGAGUGAGGCAGGGCCAUCCAGGCAGGACAUGGCAUGUGGCAGAGGGAGGUCGCAGUCCGGGCCAGAGGGCGCAGGGGCUGAGAACAGCAAACCCGUGCUUUGUACAGUAUUUAUAGUGGCUUUCUUAAUGAGUUGCCUUUAUCUGUUUUGUUUUGUUUCUCUUCCAGCACUUAAUUUAUGCAUUCAGCUUCCAGGUCCCUGCCCCUGCAUGUCAGACAAGGGGCAGAGAGGAGCACGGGGUUGUGCCCAGUCGGUGAGAACUAGCGAGCUGGCUGGCAGCAUGUCCUCGCUGCACACCCAGGUACUUGCAGGCAGGCUCACCCCAAAAUACCGGACAGGGCUGACAGGUGCAGAAGUGGGCAGUGGCUGCUUGGGGCCCUGUUGGAGGCCCCUGGGCAGGGCUGGCCUUUCAAAAGCACCCCAUGUGAUUCAAGUGUGUUGCAACACCUGGUUCUGCCAGGAAGUUUGGCAGCGAUGUGAAGGCUGCAAAGCCAGGAGGCAGAACAUAAGAAAGGACUUUUGCAAAUCACCUCCCACAGAGCCACUGAGCUACCCUGAGUCGUGGCCCUUUCGGCAAAGGGCACCUAGGCUGCCUAAAGUGUGACUCUGAGCUGUGAGGGGCCGGAGCUACGCGUUCUGGGUUCGCACAGGGAGUCCAUGGCCAUGGCCAGCACCCCGGGGCACUUCCCCUGCACAAUAAACAAAUGAGAUGCUUUGAGCAUCUAAAUACAUGUCCUGAAGUUUUUUAAAGAUGUUGUGCGGUCAGAUGUGCCCACGGACAGCCUCCCAGCCUGCUGCCUGGCCCUUGCUUCUGAGAAUCAGGAUGCUGAUUUAGAUGUCAGGACUGACAAUACAGAUUUAGGCUUCAAUUCAUUGUUGUUUUAAUCUCAGCCCAUCUUUCCAAAGACUUUCCAAAGAAAACCUUAUGUGGGGUCUCCCAGGGAGGUGUACCAGGAGCUAGCUGAGCAUCCAAGCAAUCUGUCUGACGUCCGUAGCCCACUCCCUUAGCUCGCGUGAAUAGGGCUGACUGCGUGGAGGCCAAGGUUGUGAUGCCUGCUUCUUCCAGCUGCGGUUCUAGCUCUGUCUGGCACUUGAAAAGGUUUCUUCUACUCAGGUCACUUCAUUAAAUGCUUAUCAAAGCCCUUAUUAACAGAUUCUGGUUCACAGCAACCAGGGCAAUAGCGAGGAGUGUGUUUUUGAAGCACAGGGCCUUCUUUGCAGCUCUGAGACAGCUUCUUCCCAUCCCUGCCUCAUCAGCUCCCCAUUUUUUUUCCAGUUUCACCCACAAACCCAUUGAAUCUCCUGCACCCAUUUUCCUCAGUUAAGUAUUUGGGGCUUCUUUAAAGGACAAGGGUGGGGGUCAGGACAGCUGGGCUCUGUUUUCAGCUCUGCCCCUGACCCCUGAGCGAGUCACUUCACUUCUCUUUGUGCCCCCCCAUCCCCUUGCCUCUUAGCCUGUCUUGGGUAGCGAGGCUGCCAGCUUGUGCGGGCAGGGAUUGUUGGCUGCUCUGUGUUUUCGCCUUGGCUCACUUGAGGUUAAUGGUCCAAUCCUGAGGCUACCAGUGAAAGUUUCUGCAUGUUGGAAGAAGGCGUCCUCUGAGUGAGAUGGUUCUUCUUUUAAGAAAGGCCUGACAAUAUUCCCACGUGUACAGGUCAGAUUUCCUUGUGUGUUGGGGUAGGAGCGAGGAAGGAUUGAAGGGACCUUGUCUGCACCUUCUGAAGGGACUCCUGUAGGGUCUGUAGAAGCAGUGGGGUUUAACCGCGGGGCAAGUCCAGGUGGGACUUGACCGAGCGUCUGAGUGGACGAUAUUCCCAGCCCUUAAUCUAGCUUCCAUCCAGUCCGGUGGGAAGGUGCUCACCGAUUUCCAUGCUCUUGGCUACGGCCACCAGCGAGCAGAGGCCAGGAUCAGCACCGUGACGGGCCAGUGUGUGCCGGUGGUAGAGAUUGGAUGCUAAGUGCAAGAGCAGAG